AUGCGGACAAAAGAAUCGAAGGAACCGGGAAAGGUCGGCUCAAAGGAAUGGAAGAAAUCAAAAGAAAGGGGAAUAAGCAAACCCGAGCAUCUGAUUCAGACCAAGCAGGCAACAGGCAAAACUGAAGGCAUCCAGUCCCGUGGAGGAACCGUGAAACGGGUGGCUUCCGGUGGCCAGGCGCCUUCUCUCGGCGAGUCUCUCAAAGAGGAGCUCGGCAUCAAUCCUCCGCACAUCCCCACUGUGUCUGGUGGGGUGACACACCUAUCUGAUGACUACCUUCAAGGACUGAGUAUUGACAGUGGUGGCACGCCCAAUUUUUUUCACGACAAGAGUCUGAAUGAUGACGCUCACACCAUCUCUCUUGGAGCACCUGCGAAUAGAGGAUGGGGUGGAAGCCUUGGUGGCAUGUUGGUAGCGACGCGAAGCACAGGCAGCGGGAGGAGUGGUGGUAGCAGCGGUGGAAAAUCCCCAGGAUAUUUUAACAAUAAUGAGCUCUCAGAGCUUUUUUCCAUCGUGCGGGGAAAAUCUUCCUUUGGAGAAGCGGAUGACACGAAAAGACAACAUACAGCUGAAACACUCAAACCGAGCACUUCGAAGGUCGCGCCGAUGGCCGCCAUGAGUCUUUCACAGUUUGAACAACUUGCUAGUUUGCCAGAGCAUUUGCGUGCACUUCCUCCGAUUCGGACCAAAUCGAUGGAUGUUCAAAACAUGUCUGAGCUAGGCGGGGGCGUUAACAUACCAGGGAGCUCAGGUCGUCUGUUUUCUGGUCUCACCCCUCAUGGCUACAUGGGAAGUGGUCUCACUCCCACAGCAGUUACGCCUGGAAGCAUCACAGGGUUUCCAGGGGUAGAUCAUUUUGGAAUGAGUUUAACAGAAGGGCACCAGGGUGGAUUGACUCCUGGAAUGCCUGGCUGGGCGAGUGCUGCGCAGCAAACGGCGGAGACGACUCAAGGCGGGCUCGUGAUUGCUGCAGGUGCCGAAAAUAAUAAAAAACGGAAGUUCGCCACUGGAAAUGGGGAGAUCAGGACAUCAAAGGCUGUAAAAUCAGCUGCAAUCAGAAACCAUGGGAGCAAGGGAGAAGCCAAGAAGGUCAAAGGCAGGCUGAAAGAUGAGCAACUUGAAGACGACGCGGAUGACAUCCCACUGAGCGGUUUGGUCAAAAUAUCAGGGGUCGGCGGUGCAGCGAUAACCGCAGCUGCAGCAGCUGCCAAGCUUGGGAUCCCCCUUCCUGGAGCCGGUGACAAAGUGUCAUUUGAGGAAGAUGCUUAUGAUGUUGAUGAUGAAGGGGACAAGCUUGGAUCGACCAAGUCACGCUCACGCAGCUGGCUGCCCUCGGAAGAUGAGUUGGUUCGUGCUCUAGUCGCACAGCAUGGCCCCAGGAAAUGGACCCUAAUUGCUUCGCGACUAAAGACAAAAACACAGAAGCAAGUUUACGCUCGUUGGCGCGAUUACCUUCAACCCGGGUUGACCACAAAGCCUUGGUCUAAGGAAGAACAGGCGAAGCUAGUGGAGCUCCAAGGUCAUGUUGGAAACCAAUGGGCUGUUCUGGCGCGCCUCAUGCCCGGCCGCUCUCCCAACGCCAUAAAGAAUAGGUUCCACGCCACAAAGCGAAAGAUGGAGCGUCACAACAAACGGGAGGGAUCCAAUCUAGGAUCUGCAGAGGUGAAACAUGCAGGGAAAAAGCCAAAAACUGUUGCGAAGGUGAAACUCUCCUCCCACGACGGCAGGAAACUUGGUGAAGAAGAGGAGGAGUACAGCAAAGAGGAACAGAUGGCAGUGGAAGGUCUUUUACUAGCAGAUACCCCUACCUCUCUUUUAGCCAUGACAGAAAAAGAAUCGAUAUCUAGGCAGUUCGAUUCCGCAAACGCAUCGAUAGAAGAUAGAAUGCGGGAAGAGGCUGACAAGGCUGCCAAAGUAGCCGAGAUGGUCGUGAAAGGGCAAAUUAAGCGGUCGUGA